CGCAAUGUUUAGGCGGAACUCGAAAGUCGGUCUCCCUGGGUUACCAUCAACAACUCUGUUAGCACUCUGUAGCUUUAUGCUAACGUGGGAGUUAUAUACAUCCUUAGCUUUAACUGUAUGGUGUAAGUGAAAGCACACGCCAAUUGCGUCCAAGGCAAGUUUAGCCUAGGUUUUAGUUAGCCUUUGUGGUGAUAUUGAUAGUAUCAAUUAACUAUCUUUAGAAAGGGCAAGCUAGCACGCUAAUGCCACUUCGCGUAUUUGAAUGAUUUGUGUAUGGUUUAGUUCAAUAUGACAAACGAGGAGAUCACGACAUUGGCAUACACGAAAAGCCCUAAAACGUCAAAGAGAACAACAUUUCAGAAUGAACUUCAGGCUGCUGUGGCUUCCAGGGCAAGAAAAGCGGAAGCAGAACAAUACUCAUACAAUGAUGACUUUGACGAUGAUGAAGAUGAUUUUUUAAAUGAUCUUCUCAAAUCAAGAAAAAAGAGGAUUGAUGCAUUGAAGACUAGCAGGAAUCAAUCCAGACUUAGAAGCUUUGACCUCUCAGACGACGAAGGCAAACACAGUAAACCCAAAAAAGUUUCAUUCCUAAAAGCCCAAAGAAAAAGCUCUCCCCCAAGUGACUCAGCAGUAUCAGAGGGAGUAGAUAAAGAGCCACAGGGAUCCUCCAUUGAUGGUCAGUCCACUUAUAAUGGGUCCUUUUCCCAGCAGCACUCCACAAAUGUCAGUGAAGAGAACUCACAGUUUGAAAAUCGUGGCUUGGAGUCUGCUGACCCUCAGAUCACAAAUGGGACCUCGAGUCUUUCUUUUCAAACAUCAAACGAUUCUCUGACUUUGCCCUUACCGUCUGACGGCAGUGUGGUGGACACUCCGGCCCCAGGGCAGAAGAACGGGCAGGCUGUGGUGGAAGAAAGCUCAGAGACUCCACAGUUAUCAGCGUCCAACCUGAGCCAUGCUAUUUCAGUUGAUAGCGUAACGGAUAGAGAGCCACCUAAACCCAAACCCCGGCAGCGGACGCUUGGAUUGAAAGCUAAUGUUACAGAGAAACCGGCUGAGGAAGUUGGGUCUCAGGAUAUCAGCAGGCCCCAGACAUCUUCUGCAUCCAUCCCCCUCUCAACUGCUACAUCCAGCAGUAUCACUUGGUCUGACAGGGAUCACACGGAUUCACGCGGCCCCAGCAAGUCCUCUUAUAGUAAGAGUGAACCCUCACAUGUCCUCACACAGUCUACGCUUGAUUCUGGUUCCAGAGAUGGCUUCGUUUCUGGGGACAGCAAAGAGCCACAGGGAAACUACUCUUCAUCAUUUGAGGAAUUUAAUGACUGCUCCGGAGACCGACUUUCCUGUGCACCCGAAAAAUCAUUGGAUAGCAGGCCGUCAAGUACUACUAGUCUUAAACGCCCUGAACGGUCUCAGAGCGUUUGUUCCAAAAUAGUAGAAUCAAAGUAUUUGGGAAGUCUCAAAGUUCUGGACCGUAAAGUCUCCUACCAGGAGUCUCAGCCACAAGAAGCAGAUUCUCUCAGAGCUGCUAUUUACCAGGAAUGGCUUAAAAAGAAAAAAGAAAAGUCAAGAGAGAUGAUGCAACAAAAGAAGAAAGAUGAACUUCUGAAGGAAAAGGAGAAAAUGGUAUUUAACCACCCAUCAUCAGUGAAGAAACAAGAGGCGAAAAAGGAAGAUGCCAUGGCAUCUUAUGAGGCCUGGAAAGAAAAGAAAGCAGAGAGUCUCAAAGCUAAAGCCAGGGAAAGGAAAGAUUUGUUACGAAAAGAGCAAAGAGCAACUGAAGAGAAACACGAAAAAAGCCAGUCUGCUCAACAGGUGUUCGAGAAAUGGAAACGCGAGCACGACAACUUGCUCAGGGAGAAGUUCAAAAAACAGAAAGAUGCUGAACAUAAACUUAAACUCCAGAAACAAGAGACGGAAGAGGAGCGAAAAAGGGACAGCAGCUCUGCUUUUUCGAACUGGUCCAAAACGAAGAAAAAUGUUCUCCAUGAAAAGGUCACAACCGAACGCAAAGAAAUCCAAAACAAAGUGGAGGAGGAGCAGUACAUUAAAGAAGAAAGAGAUAAAAUGGCUUUAGAGAUGUAUGAAAACUGGCUGACAAGAAAAGAUCUAGAACAGAAGAGACAAAGAGAGGAAAGACGUAUACAGGCAAUACUCCGGGACAGUCCGCCUCCGCCGUGGAGCCCUCCGAAUAAAACCAUACCAUUUAGAAAAUAAUGUUUGGAAGAAAGCGUGGCCUUUUGGAUAGUAUUUUUAGCAUUAUUUUAUACAUUUUACCCAGGAAAGUGUGCACAGUGUUGAUUUAUACUUUUCUCCAGGUCCAUAGUUGGCCUGUUUUAUAUUUUUUUUAAUGUUUCCGAUUAAAUAAUGGACAUGUGACGAUUAAUAAAUUGUGACAGAAUUUAACAUUGGUGUGAUAGAAAACUCACUUUAUUGACUUGAAGAAAAAGUUUCUGUUUGUUUGUUUCCACAAAUGGGGAUGUUUGUCUUGGUCAUGGUUUAUAUGUAUGCUUACUUACAUGGUUUAUGAUGCGCUACUUUUUAUUUUUUAAAAAUAAAAUGAAUCCUUCCACGGAUAUACAAACUCA